AUGCCGUGGAGAGCCAAGACAUUGACUAAGUAUGUUGUUGGUGGUUCAGAUGAUGCCAGCGUUGAAUCUGACAAUGUUUUGCAGCGUGUUGGAGAUGGCUUGGACGUUGAGGGCCCUGGCAAUUCAAUUGGCGGUGAAGCCUCAGAUGAGGGUCUGUUAGGUCCUGUUGACGCAAUGUGGCAAAGCAACAGUGAUUUGGAGGACUCAAACUUUUUGCAAUUCCAAGGAAGUCAUUCUGACAGAACUCAGGGUGCAUUGGACUUAGGGGCGAGUCAAGUUCCUCGAGGACCGACGCUGCCCCAGGCAAAGUUUGAGCAGCACUUGUCCCAUGCAUUCUUGAGCACAAGAGGUUCAUUGAAGGUUUUUAUGCCUUGGGAAAAAGGAGUCUUCAAAAGCAUUUUCAAGAAGCCUGGGUCAAAUCGGAAUGAUUUGUUUGUCCAGCCAAAACAAUGGGUCGAUCACUGCGCUGAAUCUGCUGUGGAAUCGCUGGAAGAUUUGGCAAAGGCCAACGACAGUAGGCCGCAAUUGGUGGGGGCCUUUUUCGAGCAUGCUCUCACUUCAGGGUCGGAUCAGUCGUUUUUUCAGCAAAGGCAGAACCUGUUGGAGUCAGCUGUUGAGAAGUGGUUUUGCAUCAUAAGAGUCAACAUGCUUGCUUCUUCAGUUGGCCAUGACAUAAUUGGCUUGGGAAACAUGGAAGAACAGAAACAGGGCGCCUUCAGAAUCAUAGAAGCAGUCAUUGGCAUUCGUUCAAGAACCGCUGCCAUAACUCGAGCAAACGCCCUCUUGAAGUUCAUCAGAUGGAGGGCUGAAACAUCGGAGAACGAUGGCAAGGACUUCAUUGAGCAGGAGGCCUGGCAGUAUUUGUCUGAGCUGCGUGAAAAGAGUGCUGCUCCAACGAGGGGCACAAGCUUUUUGUCAGCAUGCGCAUAUGCUUUGCACGUGUUUGGUUUUUCUGGCUUGGCGCCCAUUUGUGAGAGCAGGCAACUCAAGGGCAUUGCAGAUCUCAUGCAUGCAGAGAAAGAGGUUACAAGAUUCUUGCGGCCCAUGCUGGAGGAUGAACAUUCAGGCCAUGGGGACUUGAGAGUGUCGUCCCAUUCACUGAAAGCGACGCUGUUAUCCUGGGCAUCGAAGUCGGGGAUGAGUGCCGCUGACAGGGCAAUUUUGGGAAGGCACUCCAGUGCAUACUUGGAGUCCAGCGCCGUGUAUGCAAGGGACCUUGCAUUUGGAGCUGUUCAUCGGCCGCAGGAAGUUUUGAGAAAAAUUCAUUGUGGUGAAUUCUUACCCGAUGCACCCAGAUCGGGGUACUUGCCAACAGCCCCACAGUCUCUGGAGGUGACGGCGCCAGUGGCAAAUGAGGUCUUCAAGGUUGAAGACGUUCAGUCGGAUGUGGAGGCUAUUGAUGAGAAGGAUGGCCAGGUUUUGGCUGAGGAAGAUGACGAGUACGAGGCGUCAUCUGAUGGAUCGGAGUCAUUGGAGGCUUCGGAUUCAGAGGAGGAAGUGCCAAAGCCUCCAGUGAAGUGUUUCAGACACCAUGCAGUUGGACCACUGGCAGGCCUUUUUGUUGUGCACAAUGUCUCAAAGUUGGUCCAUUACUCGGAUCCGACGUUGGUUGAUGGAAAAGGUGCCCGCAUCAUUUCCUGUGGCAGGUCGGAACUUGUAGCAAUGGCAAGCUUACUGGAUUCAGAAGCGCAAUUUGCUCAGCGCACCAUUGAUUUGAAGCUAUCAGAGGAGCUGAAACGCAGUUUGAAGAGAUCGGGCUUGCAGACCUUUGGGACAUAUGCAUAUGCCCAUGGACAACCGGGGCAAAACAUUUCAGACGAAGGCUUUGAAGCAUGGGUUACAAAUCAGCUAUUGACAGGAGCUACAAUAGCAGACAUUGCUGGUGCCAAAAGGCUGCUCUUCGAGAGCCAAACAAUGGUUCUUGCUUCGCUACAGGAGCAAGUCAAUGCAACGGAUGCUUCGACCAUCAAGAAGGUGCCCAUUGUUGAGCGGGAGACUAAAAUGAAGGCCAUCAAAAAGAGGUUGACAGGUCUUCUCAUAGAAGGCCCACUGGAACCGGGACAUUCGCUCCUGGAUACAACAGCCAGUAUGAUGCAGCUCAACGAAGUCAAAUACAUUCCCCCUGAACGCUGCAUUUCAAGGACUCAUGAAGUGCUAAAUCAGAAGUCCCCCACAAAGCAGUUGGACAUUUCAGCGGAGCACCUUGUUGUGAAGGAAAAGCAGGACACUCCCGACAUGACUGUCACUUCAGCGCUCCAAGUACAAGAAGCUUUCCAGCGUCGUGGCAUAGCACUGGUGUUUGCAGAUCUGGUUACCCAUGAGAGUUACACCAGAUACCUAACCACUCUCUUUGGGCACUUGCAUAGAGACCCACCAGCGGGCUAUGCAAGGACUUCUGUGAGUCAGUUGGUGGCUGCUGACAAAACGGUGUGGCAGAUGAUCCUGGAGGAGGGGGUGCAGCCAAAAAGAGAUGAAGCUGGAGAGUUGGCUUUGGAUUCAAAGCUUAUGGAGAGUCUCCACAGCUACCGUGUCUCCUUCUCCUUGUUACCGUUGGUUGCCAAGAAGGACAAUGCUCCGAGCGUUCCAAAGCCCACCAAGCCAACCGCAAGUCAUGGGGGAAAGGGCUCCAAUCAACCAGUCCAAAAACCGUGGUUGAAAGCCAAGGGUGGAAAGAAAGGAGGCAAAGGGAAGGUUAGAGUGCCGCAGCACAUCUUUAAGUUGGGUGGCACCUCCUCCAAUCCUGCAGGACCCUUUGUUGCGUUGGCCAAGGCACCAGUUGAACCCAUGCAGCGCCUGAAGCAUUCCUGGACAGUGCCAGAUUUUUGCCAGACGGAUCUACAAGUGUUGCCCAUUGGCGCGUUGGUACCAAAGGUCUUGCAUGAAGCCAUUAGCAACAAUUUUGGUAAGGACAGCCUGCACAACCUUCCAAGGGACAGAAGCCGUUGGUUUGCCAAAUGGACUGAGCGAGCAAAGCACUUGAGUCAGAGCGACAUCGAUCUCAAAAAUUCCUUACCGGCGCAUGCAGCCAAAAUUUUAGAGCCAAAGAGGAUCACCCUGUUCAAGGAGAUCUUAUUGGAUUUGGAAUAUCCUGAUGUGGGAGCAUUCGAUGAAUUGGUAAACGGUACAGAGCUGGUUGGUAAUGUGCCACCCUAUGGAAUUUUUGAGAAGGCGUUCAAACCGGCAGAGAAGACCAUCGAGCAGCACACCAACAAUACCAAUCAGACAGUGUCCUUGCUUUUCAAAUUGUUGGGAUGGAGAUUUGCGGAAGAAGGUGAAAAGGCAGAAUGUUUCUCAAGGGAGUUCGGAGCUCUGGGUAUUAGAAUCAUUUUGGAUGACGCCAGCAGGGGGCUUGUCAAAUUUACUAACACGGAGAAAAGAGCAAGUGAAUUGGUUGGCACCAUCAAUGGUAUCUUGCAAAAGGGGUCCAUGACUGUUAUUGAAGCGCAAAAACUCAGGGGCAGAAUGCAGUUUAUGGAUGGGCAGUUGUUUGGCCGCUUGGGUAAGUUGUGCAUGAGGGAAGUUACCAACCAUACCUGCAACUUCCAGAGUAGCAAAAUCAUUGAGAGGACUGCCAAUGCUUUGAAUCGUUUUGUUAUCUUCUUGGAACAUGCAGAACCCCGGAGGAUCCACUUGAGCACGGACAUGGUGUGGCAUGUGUAUACGGAUGCUUGUUACGAACCAACUGCGCAAAGUUGGAAGUGUGGCUUGGGUGGAGUGUUGGUUGGACCCAAUGGAAGCAAGGUGGCCUUUUUCUCAAUUUCAUUGGAUGAUGAUCACAUGGGGAUUCUUGGGGUAGACACAAAGAAAACCAUAAUCUUCGAGGCGGAACUGUUGGCAAUGGUCCUUGCCUUCUCUGUGUGGCGAGAAUACUUGACAGCGAUGUCGGUAAUUUGUUUUGUGGACAACAAUUCUGCGAGAGAUGUGGCCAUCUCUGGAAAUGGUCGUAACUUUACAGCAAACUCGUUGAUUGACUUCCUGUUAAAGUUGGAAAUGGCAAAUUGCACUACGCCUUGGUAUACUCGAAUCCCCACACCUUCCAACAUUGCUGACAAUCCAUCCAGGGGUGAUGUUUGCGAGCUGGUACGUCAGAAAGUUUCUGCAACUGAUGUUCGAAAGGGAUUGCAAGAAAUCAUGAUUGCUUUGGCGGAGGAAACG